UCAAUACUUGGAUUCCUUAAACGAAAAUUUCAAUUAUUUUCUUCUUCCAAUAAAUGAACUAAAAUUUUAAGCAAACGAAAUCAAUUCUGAAGCUCAAGUGCCAAAAGUUAUGAAAAGGUUACUUGAUGUCAGGUGUUCAAACCUUGGAGUUCGCCCGGCGGGUUUACCGGGUCUGCCGGGCGGGACGGGUCAACCGGGUUUAACGGUUCUGGACGGUCCGAUCGUCCAAACGGGUUUAGACAUUCAUCCGACCCGUUUCAGCAACCGGGUGACGGUUGGACCGGUUCAACCGGCCGGUCCGGUCCGGUUUUAAAAACAGUGACCUAAACUAAUCUUAAGUUUUAUUGAGUUUCACAUGUUUUAUAGUGCAAAAAUUUAUGUUCUUAAAUAUUUUUUAUCGAUGUGAGAUAUAUUUAUAGUGCAAAACUUUAUUCUCUUAUAUGUUUUUUAUCGAUGUGGGAUGUAUUGAUUAGAGAAAAUUGAUCAUUUUUAAUGACGAAAUAUAUUUUUUAGUGAUGA